UAUUAACUCCCUUUGUCUCUUUUACUUGCUUCUCGUAAUCACUCUUUGCUCACAAACCGACUCAAGCACGCCAUCAACAAUGCAUUCCCCAACAUAUCACGGUAGCAGCAACAACAGCAACGAUAGCUCCUCCUCUGCCAUGCAACCUCCUACUCAGUACCAGAUCGGCGAAGACCGUCUAGACUAUUCGCACGACCCUGCCUGGAUUCAAUCCAAUUUCCUUGUCCAUUGCGACAAACCCUUUAACGCAGAGCCGCCGCUGCCAACCCUGGUUAAUGCCGGACCGAUCACACCCGCAGAUAUAUUCUUCAAGCGUAACCAUGGACCGAUUCCCGAUAUUGCACUGGAGCGCCAUCAGGUCUACAUCGGCCUUAAAACAGGAGUUCACCAUCACAGUGAGUUAUCAUCAUCUUCGUCUGAUAUUCACUGGAGGUCUCUCUCGAUGCAUGACAUCAUGACCAAGUGGCCGAAAACGACUAUCAGUGCAACGCUUCAGUGUGCUGGCAACCGACGCGACGGGCUUGCAGAGGUCAAGGAAGUCAAGGGUGUCAUUUGGAAGUCCGGCGCCGUCUCCACAGCAACCUGGUCAGGACCUCGACUUUGUGAUAUCCUCAACGACGUGGCCGACAUUCCAAAAGGAGAUAUUCACAGAAUGCUGCGCGACUUUCACGUAUCCUUUGAGGCUGAUGACCACGUUCAUGAAGAUGUUUGCUAUGGUAGUUCGAUCCCUCUUAGGAAAGUGAUGGAUCCAUUUGGGGAUGUCAUUCUAGCCUAUGAGAUGAACGGACAACCUCUGUCGCGAGAGCAUGGCUUUCCUAUCAGGGUGAUCGUUCCUGGCUUCAUUGGUGCCCGAUCUGUUAAAUUUCUGCAAAGAAUUGUGAUUCAGCCUAGUGAAUCAAAUUCCUUUUUCCAGCGACGGGACUACAAAAUCCUCGAUCCAACAAUAAAUCAUGAUAACGUGGAAGGUGCCUGGGACUCGGCACCAUCUUUAGGGGAGAUGAAUGUUCAAUGUGUGAUCUGCACCCCUACAGAUAAAGAGGUUGUUCCCUCAUCCAAGCCAGUGACCAUCAAAGGAUACGCUAUCUCCGGCGGCGGAAGAGGCAUCUACCGAGUCGAAGUCUCUGUCGAUGGCGGGCAAACAUGGGAACCAGCUAACAGGAUAGAGCAGAAGCCGGAUGAAUACAGUGGCAUGUUCUGGACCUGGGCACUAUGGGAAAAAACUGUCCCGGGGAUCGCUAAUUCGACGGUGAUCAUCGCUCGUGCAUAUGAUUCAAGUGGAAAUAUGCAGCCCGAAAACCCGAUCUGGAACUAUCGUGGAGUGAUGAACAACGCGUGGUUCCGCGUUCAUGCUAUGCAGGUCCCCCACAAUCGCAUGUAAAUAGUUUGUGUUGCAAAUAAAUCUGCAUCUGCAUAUCGAAUUAUGUGUGGGCGCUCUUCUAGCUCUUCG